CAAAGGUGAGUCAGACCCUGCCCUCAUUGUCCACAGGUUGCCCCUGAUCUGUACAUGUUCUACUCGAGAACAUGAACAACAGGCAUGUAAGCAAAUGAAUGAGAUAAUUACAGGGUAUGGUAAGAUCUCUAAAGGAGACAGACAAGACAGGGAGGUUAUUUAAUAAUCAGCAAGACCUCUCAGAUACAUUUAAACCAAGAUGGAAAAGAAGAGAAGGACCUAGCCAUGCAUGCUACCUGUGCAAGAGCCUUCCAGACAGAAGUGGAGAGAUCCGAAGAGGGAAACAGACUCGGUCUGUUGGAAGAACACUAAAGAGUCAGUGUGGCUGGUCAUGGUUUUUCUAACUGGAUUACAUUUAUAGGUUGUGUUGUCAAUUUUGUGGGUUACUGCAACAGAAGUUGUUCACAGUUUAAAAGCUUCAGCUGAAAUCAAUUUGCAAUUGAAAAUUGGACCAGCAAAAGGUUUGAUAUUGUGGAAUACCUAGCAAACAAGCAAUGUCAUCUUAUGAAGAAGAAAAACUCUUGUGUUAUAAUGGAGAAGUCCUUGUUUUUCAAUUGUCUGAAGGAAAUUUUGCACAUGAAAGGCCUGCAAAAAUUCCCAUAUUACGUGUCAGAAGAAUGGUAUUUGACAAAGGAACAAGAGCAUUUGUUCAGAAGUCCACUGGAUUCUUCAGCAUAAAGGAAGAAAACUCUGAUUUAAAAAUUAUGUGUUGCAAAUGUGUGUCAGAUUUCAGAACUGACAUUUGCCUCCCUUGUAUUGUGAUACAGUGCAUUAAAAAGAAUAACGUUUUCAAAUAUAUUCUACUAUUUCUCCACAAUACCAAUAAAUUUGAAAAACGUUUGAGUUUUAGACUAGGCCAUGAGUUGGAGGACACCAUAAGGGUCCUUAAUGGCCCUCUACUUUUAUGGAGAUAUGCCAAAACAUUCUUCUAUAUCUCUUCCCAGACUCGGAAAAUUAUUACUGUGUCUGUUAACUUUUCCUCUAUUGAGUGGACCGGGGAGAUUGAAAAUAUAGGUAUGGUUUUAUUAGGACCAAAGGAACAUUUUUUUUCUGAAGAAGGAUGUACCCAAAAGUCUUCAAAAUCAGAUUAUGCAAUUCAGAAUACCAAAUUUUGUGUAUACUCCCUUGAAAGUGAAGAAGUAAUAAGUGAUAAAUACAUUAUCCCUCUUGCUUAUAGCAGCUUGGUAACUUGUGUGCAUAUCUGUGAUGCUGAGAUUGUCAACAACCAGUUAAAAAUGUCUCUGAUUGCCCUAACUCGAAAGAAUCAGCUGAUUUCCUUCCAAAAUGGGAUGCCUAACCGUGUCUGCCAGCUUCCAUUUGGAGAUCCUUGUGAAGUUCAACUUAGGGAAUCAGGUGGAGGAGACCUUUUCAUUGUAUCCUUUAGGUCCAAUGAUGUUUGUGCUGUUUGGGAAAAGAACUUUCAGGUUGCUGCUAAGUGGGAAAAAGCUAGCUCAGUACUGAUAGAUGACUUUAUUGGAACUGGAACUGAACAAGUACUGCUUCUUUUUAAGGAUCCCUUGAAUUCAGAUUGCCUGAGUUCAUUUAAAAUAACAGAUCUUGGCAAUAUAGACUAUUCGAGUGAAACAUUGGAUUGCAGUGAUGAAGACUUAUUUGAAGGCAAAGAGAAUUGUUAUUUGAUGGUUCCACCUCUGGAAAGAAGAUUGAAAGUUGGUUUGGUUUCUAGUCAGGAAUUACAGCAGCAUCUCUUGCUUAAGGAAAAAAUUAUUGCAAAAUAUUGCAAAACUUUAAUAAACAUGGUUCAAGGGAAGGAUGAUAGUACAUCAAGUACAGAGGAGGGAUGUCUUGUUACUCUUUGUGGUAAAGAAGAAAAUCCUGUCUAUACCUUUGAUGGAAAGUCAUCAGACAAUUUUCAGAAUUCAGAAAAGCUAGUGGAGAAGCUGUGGUAUCGUGUAAUAGAGGAUAGCUUGGUUGUUGGAGUGAAAAGCACAUCUUCGUUGAAGCUGUCCCUGAAUCAUGUGACUUUAUUGCUGUUAAUGGAUCGGCCCCAUAACUCCAGCAUUCCGCUUAUUAAAUGUCAAAAUAGGGUGAUUAAGUUGAGUAGGGAUUCUUUUCCAGUACCACGCUCAGUGCCAUACAAAAUAAGAUCAGAGGCAAAAAGAAUCAAGUUGACUGUUGAUGGUAAGAAAGAAGAGGAUGAAGAAGAGGAAAGCACUGUUUGUGAACAACCACCUGAGAAAGAGUGUAUUCAGAUAAUUACUGCUGUAACAUCUCUUUCACCACUUUUAGCAUUCAAUAAGUUCUGCUGUGUUGUGCUGCUACAAAUUAGGGAAAGAAAAAAUGAUAACUCUUCUGAAGAUCAUUAUAUUCAGUGUGGCAGGAUCUUUUUAAAUCUAGAAGAUCUUUCAAGUGGGAAAUACCUGCUGACAUUUCCAAAGAACAGACCUAUAGAACACAUGGAAGAUCUCUUUGCACUUCUCGCAGCAUUGCACAAAACUUGUUUUCAAAUCACAUCACCCAGCUGUUCUCUGACUCCAGUGAAGACAUGGCUCUUAGAAUGCAUGAAAUGUGAAGUAGUCAAAGAUUUUCCAGAAAUUUGCUUUUGCAAAAGGCCAGGAAGUUUCUAUGGGACACUCUUCAACUGGAAACAAAAAACACCAUUUGAAGGGAUUUUAAUAGUCUAUUCCAGGAAUCAAACAGUUUUGUUCCAGUGCCUUCAUAACCUCAUCAAAGCUCUCCCUAUAAAGUGUUUCUUCAAAAAUCUGAAAUUAGGAAAUAAGGAUUGCCUGAUUGAUUAUUUGGCAUUAAGUUUGGAGAAGGAAUUGGUUACCCUUGGUUCUCUUUCUUCUGCCUCAGUUAAGGUUGAAAACAACCCAGUGCAGAGCUGUGAAGCAAGCAAAGAAAAAGGUAGUGGAGCUGUGGCAGCUUUAUCAGACACAAAGGAAAGCACCCAUCCAUACAGAGAAGAACUUCAGAGAGAAAAGCAAAUGUUGGGGAUGAACCUAACAGUGAGUGGUACCCUUUACAGAGAAAUGACUUUGAAAUUAGCUGAAGUUCAGCUACAAUCAGACCUUGCUGCAGAGAGAGUGACUGGUUUAUAAUUACAAUCUCAAUUUGAUUACACUUCAAAAUAUGUUUUCCUUGCCAGAACGUUUUGGUUACACUUGUUUUCAUUUUACAUUAUAUGCCUCCUUCUUAAAAAUGAAGAUUGAGGCUUGCUGUAGAAUCUUUGGUUUUGAUAAUGUGUAGAACAGCAUGCCUUAGAAUAGCAGUCUCAACUGGGGCCAUUUUGCCUCCUACCCCCCACCUCUCAGGGGCAUUUGGCUAUGUCUCGAGACAUCAUCUGGUUGUCAGAAGAAGUGAGGAAUGGAGGGGAGGCAGGGGUAUCAUUGGUGUCUAGUGGGUGGAGGCCAGGGAUGCCGCUAAACAUCCUCCUCUGCUGCCCCUGCCACAGAGAAGAAUCCGGCCCAACAUGUCAGUAAUGCUGAUGCUGAGAAACUGCCUUAGAGUUUCCAUUUAAGGCAGAAAUGAUGUAACUAUUUUGGUCUAAAUCUUCAAAAAACUUAUAACAGUCCUUUUAUUGUAUUCUGCUUAGUAAAACCUAGCAUACAAAAAUCAGCCUCAAACAGAUCAAUAAGGUUGUCAGGAGUCACAAGUUUCUGUAAACAUUAAACUCCUAAGGAAAUUUAAAUGGCAGAAUAACUAAGUGAGCCCAUUAAGAUGAAAAUGUUUGAAAUCCUUGUUAAUUUGAACCUUAGUAGAAAGCUUCUCUAACGUUGUGUAAGUCUAUAGGAAUGUGCAAAUUCUAGGGCAUUUUUUUUGAAAAGUGUCUCUUUCAAAAGGGCUGGGCAUACCUCACAGGCCACUAUUUUUUAAUAAAAUUAAAAGUGCCUUUAAGCCAUCUGAAAUUCCAACUCUAGGCAAAACUAAAAUAUAAAAUUCUAAAUAAAUAUUGUGGUGGAGAAGGAGUGAGAAAUUUAAAAAUAAGUGAAAAUACACUUCAGUGAAGAAGUGAUUUUUAAGGGGUCCAAUGAGACAUUUCAUAGAAAGUAAAAAUUCAACCUAUUCCUUUAUUUUGGAAAAAUACAAAUUCUGGAGUAAUAAGAGAAUGUGAGGAGAGGGAAAGACGCCAAGUAUAUGGGCCAAAACAAAUGUUUCUGAUCCUUUUUGCUCUAAAAUUCUUAGGUGAGAUGGAAGUUUCAACCUCAGUUGACAGAAAUAAAGAUGAUUAUAGAAAGUGGCAUUUCAUUCUUGCAGCUAUGAAGUGCUAAUUAUCCCCAUGCCUUCGAAGUACUUGUACCUAGUGAUCUGGUGAUACAAAUGGUUUUAGAGAAUAUAGGUCAUUAUUUUCUUAUCUGGGUUUUUAUAUUAUCCAUGUAAUACACUACCUUUCUUUUUAGUAACCCAGUGCAAAUUGAGAUAGCACCCUGUACUUUAUUUCUAUGAAAUGCCAGUGGAAAAUACUUCAGACUUCUGGGAAAUGGAAAUGGAAUAAUUUCAGGAUUAACUGUGGAAAUCUAGAAGCAGUGUAUAUCAGUAGAUAUAUUGAAACUGCCCAUGACAUGUUCUCAAAGAACAACCAAGUAUAGUAUAUAGGAACUAAAUUGUAAAAUGGAGGUUGUCAAAAAACAGAAUUUAAUCAUAAUAGUUUAUCUAUAGGAAAGGAUAAUAAAAUAAAGCAUGCUGCUUGUUCAUAUUUAUACAGGCAACCAAAAAAGUACAUGUAUAUGUUUACUCUCUAUAUAUAUACCAAAUAACCUCUUUACAAGUGAGUUUUGUACUCCAGCAUAGUUUUUCUACUUACUGCAAGUUAGAAAAUCCAGAGUUUGAGGAAAUGAUGCCCUAGCCACUCUCAUGAUUGAGUCGUGUUUGCCUCUGUGAGCAUAUUCCUCUGACCACCACCCUCUUCAUGAGCCUGAGGCUCCCCUCAAAAAACAUGAUCCUUCCAAAUCCACAUCACUAAAGUGAAAAUCAGUUUUGUUUUGGAACAGAGCAUGCCAUAGUUUUCAGACACAAAACUUUCUGUUGGUCUCCUGAUCCCUUAACUAAAGAAGGGAGUGUAAGCCAGCUUAGGUAUGACGUUACUCAGUUUGGUGUGCAAGCCAGCUUAGGUGUGGUGUUACACAGUUUGGUGAAAAGUUAAGUCAAAUUAAGGGGUUGGACACAAGCAACUUUAUCCUGUACCCUUGUUACUAAUUUCUUUCAAAAUCAGCAGACUGUUUAAGAAGUAUAAUAACAAGCAAGUGAAUCUUUUAUUGUCCUGAUAAUAUCUCUUUAUACCAUAUAGAAUUGACUCCUCAAUUUUUUCCCUAUUCUCAGAAAGGGAAAGGUCUAAUUCAUUUACCUCUCUUCCUGCCCUUUCUAAUAAAAACAAAAAAUUUAAUUGUCUAGGCUAAAAAACGAUGUAAAGCGUUGUUUUUCUUUCUUUUUGCUCUUUCCUGUCUGCUUUCUUUCUCUUCUUUCCAGUCUGUCUGUUUUUCUCUGUUUGUCUGUCUUUUUUGUCUGCCUUUCCUGUGUUUCUUAAAACUUGGAGAAUACCAGAUAUUGAAAGGUAUCCUUUUUCUUUCUUGUACUGAAACUUGUGAAAACAUUACUUUGCAUUCUAAGAACUGGGGACUAAAAGCUUUUUCUUGGGUAACCCCAUCUGGAGAACUUUAGGUUUUUGCUGCUAAAGACAGUGUGGUACAGUGGAAAAACUACUGAUCAUAACUGUAAAUUGAAUCCUUAAAAGGUUUGUUCUGUUUUCCCUCUUUGUGUUUCUUGAAUCUGUUACUUGAAUUUCUUACUGCCUCAACAGAACAGCCCUAUUCUAUAAAAUAUAUACUACAGUGCUAAAUAUCUUCACAGUGCUAAUGGUCUGCCUUCUUUUGAGGAACUUAUUGCAAUAAUCCUUUAUUGGCUAUUUACUCAGUAGGGUAGCAGGCACUGUUCAGGUGGUGAAUGUUCAUAAGGGUAGAAAAUCAGACACCUAUCAUGCCCUUGCCGUUGAGAUUUUUCCUGUGCUAUACUUGUGAGCAGCUACCUGGACCAAAGUACCCAUGUGUGUAACUGUAGGUCAACAUGAUGGUCCUGAGUUCAGCCAGAAAAAUUCUUUAGCAUUUUAAGCUUCACUGUAAUUAUCCAUUUCCCCACUGCAGCAGUCAUAAGUAGUGUUAUGGGCGAGUAAAGCAUACCAUUUGUAAUUAGCCAAACUAUUUAGCACUAGCCUCCAUGUCAGUAAGGAGUGGGAGAAAAGUGUUAUGCACUCUACUGAUUGCCUGUCCCCCAUUGAUUUAUUCCUUUUCUCAUGCCAGAACUCUAGUUUUGUUCAAGAAUUACUUUAAAAAUUAUUUUAAACAUAUAACUUUCUACAGUUCAUGUGUUUAGGGAAGUGGAUCCCAUCUCCAGUUCCAGAGGUUAGUCCUGACAAGUCUACGCCAGUUAGUAUAGGACAUUUUCCUGGUUACUGGUCUGGGAUGGGCACAAGACCUAAAUUGGGCCUAACUGGACCAAGGGUAUAAAAGGAUUGAUCCUUUGGUGAGGAAGAGGCUCUUUUCCUGUCCUGCUGGAAGCAGAUGGCCCUUAUUUUAAAAGUUUUGAGUUAUCUUAUAAUCAUAGGAAAUUAGGCUUUAGAAUGAAUCUGAUAUUGUAUACUGUGAAAUUGUUUUAUUAUACUGCUGAAUCAAACCUAAGUCUAAAUCUUAUCCUUGCCCAGGACAGCCUACAACUUCAGAAAAAAAAUUCCUUGUAACGGAAAUCAAGAUUUCUAUUACUUGCAGCUGAAAUCAUUUCUCACUGCUAGACAUGGAAAAAAGAAUCCCAGAGAACAAAGCUGUUGGCCAUGAAGGGUCCCAGGACAGGCACAGUUGAACUACAGACACAGGAUGCUUGUACCUGCUAAAAGAAGAGUCAGAAUGAGCCACCCAUCUCUUGCCCCCUUUCAUUUCUGGGCAGUGGUUCUCUAGGCUUCUUUCCUGUUUUUUGCUUUGGGGGAUUUUUUUGCUUACUACUCAGAUUAGUUCAUACCUCAUAGUAGUUUAUACCUGAGAUAAACUUUAAUUUUUAAAAAAUUCUUUAUCUUCUUUUUCUAUGCCUUAACUUAGCUUCCCACUGGUGUUACACCAGGCCGCUUAUUUAAUUAUGCUUCCUCAUUGGGUUAGAGGUAUGUGUCAGAUUAUUUAACCUGUUUCUCCAUAUUUUCUGUUUUAGAAUAUAAAAGUAUAAAUGUAAGGACCAUAUUUCUUAGAUACCAGAAGAAUUCAGACUUGUAAAGCUCUUCUGACAACUCUUCUCAUAUCCUUGGCUCUAUCCCGUCCAGUAGGAAGAGAAAGAAAUAUUUAUCAAUUUGGAUUGUUCUAGGAGUCUUUGUGCCAGGAAAACCAGGUUUGAUAUUAUGGGGCUGUUUUAGAAAUAGAGUAGUAUUGCUAUAUCAGAAGAGAUACACAGUGUUAUUAAUUUACAUCUUGUAGCCUUUUCAAAGGUAACAAGUAUGUGCUAGAAGAUGAGCAGUUGCUUUUUAACAUAUAUGAGGAAGCAAAAGCUCUAAGUUCAUUCCAACAUCAUUUAAAAAACAAAGUGAUGUGAAGUUUUGGUGUAGUUUUUAUAAGCCUGAAGGGAUGUUUUAGCAUUUAGAAUGACUAUGUUAUUUGGCUAUGUCAAGUGUGAUAAUAAAAUCCUGCUUAAGUUAUCUAAACAGAAAAUGAAUAUGCUCUAACACUUGAAAGAUUCUAGUAAAGGUAGUAAAAACACUGGGAGUUGAGGGGAGGUGGUAGCAUUUGAAAGAAGCCAGGACCGAGUGUUCUUGGCAGUCUACAGAAUUUCCCAGAGGAAGUGAAUGUGCAGUACAUGCAUUAGGCUCGAGAAGGGGAGAUGGAGAUUGGUGUGCGGACUGGAGUGGUGUUUCCUGAAGCCAGUGCCACAUGGAAGGGGAAAGAAUUAGUCUGAAAUUAUAAAUAAUAGGAAAAACAAUUACCCACAACAUUUAGGGCAAGAGUUGAAGAAAACUGUGAGUCACACUUCGAUACCAGUUUUCUAUGAUGUGGCAUGCUAGGAUAUAGCAAUAGCUAAUAACAUUUAUUGAUUACUAUGUACCAGACAUUGAUUUGAAUGCUUAGCCCAUAUGAUCCUUACAACCCUAUAAAACUGUGCUUACCAGGACGGUGGCCAGUAGUCAUUUGUGGCUAUUUAAAUUUACAUUUAAAUCAAUUAAGAUUACAUAAAAAAUGUAGUUUCUUAGUUG